ACUUUAGUGCUUGUUUACACUGGUUUUCACGUGCGUCGUUUUGUCUCAUUUUCCGCAUUGUUUUGUGAUUAUGCACGCAAAUUAACGACCUCUGACCUGGUCCCGUGACGUCAAAUCAGGGCGGAAAUGUGUGACACUAUAGCAGAGGGCUUCAAAGUUCUCCAGGAUACUGCUAAUGACCUAUACCUGCAAGAAGGGCGCGUUGCAGAGGUUGAGGGUGCACCUGAUCCACUAGAAUUCCUUCGUGAGUGGGUUUCGCCGAAUGUGCCAGUCAUUUUCAAAAAAGCCUGCAAAAGCUUCGCUGCGUUUAAACAAUGGAGUCCGCAGUUUUUAAGAGAGAAAAUUGGAGAUAAAUUCGUGACCGUCGCUGUGACACCGAAUGGCUGGGCCGAUGCCGUGUCGGACGAUGGAGAAUUUUUCAUGUUACCAGAGGAACGCCAAAUGAAAUUUUCAGACUUUCUGGAUCGAUUGAAUGACAAAUCAGAGCUUAAUCCGGUGUUUUACAUGCAGCAGCAAAACUCCAAUUUGACGGGAGAGAUGAAAAGUCUAAUUGGCGAUGUUCCUGAAGACAUAAACUGGGCCUCGACAGCCUUUGGCGCAAAACCUGAUGCCGCAAACUUUUGGAUGGGCGAUCAGAGAGCCAUCACCUCAACCCACAAGGACCCUUAUGAAAACAUCUAUUGUGUUAUUCACGGCGUAAAGCAAUUUUUGCUGAGUCCACCAACCGAUCUGCCCUCGAUGCCCUACAAAAUGCUCCCUGUGGCCAGAUAUGAAAAGGUGAAGACCAGGCAGGACUUUACAAUUGUCCAAUGUGAAGAAAAAAAUACUGUCAGAUGGAUUUGUCCUGGGUUUGGAGAAGCAAAAAAAUCGAAAACUCGUCCUUCAACGCAACUGAUUGCAAGAGUGGAAGCUGGGGAUAUGCUGUAUCUUCCAUCAUUGUGGUUCCAUCAGGUUUCCCAGAGUCAUGGCUGCGUUGCGGUUAACUACUGGUACGACAUGAAGUUUGACAUCAAAUACGCCUACUUUUCUAUGCUCGAACACCUUUGCCUCGCAAACGAAUUGUUAAACUGUGAGAAUUAAAUGCUCCAAAGUUAUUUUUGAGACUGAUAUGGUUA